GUGCGCAUCAUGCAGGAAUACAUACCACCAUUGGCCGGUCCGUCAUCUGUCUCAGCUCGAUGUUUCUCGCCCGUUGCCUAUACUAGCGAUGGCCAACCGCACUUCAGCACGAGAAUGGCAUCGGCCUCAUCCUUGAGAAGGCCUGACAGAGAUGAGAGCUCACCCCUAGCACGGCGACCACCGCUCUCUAGGAUGGGGUCGACAACGUCGAGAAACAGUUCCUUGCCUACGUCUCCUCUUGAUAACAUCCCUGAGAAAUUGUGGCCACGGGUCCUCCGGACAUCUAGCACACCAGAGACAAGCAACCCAGACCUCUCCAUCGACGAAAUAACCUCCACUAGACUGUCUCUCGACGAUGAAGCCAUACUAACUAGCCUGCCCGAGGAAGACAAUAGAAAAACGCGAGAUGCUGGUAGACCAAUUGCGCGGAAGGGGUUCGGUGGUAUAUGGGGAGACAACAGUGACCGGCUGAAGAAAAUGUCACAAAGACUCAAGAACUUCCCUGGUGGCUUGUUCGUCCGCAGGGACCGAGGCCUGCGGGGGUCGUCCUCGGGAUCGAUAAAUUACCACUACCAACCUGCUACCUUUGAGUCAAAGCUGCCUGCGCCAGACUUCAUGGGCGGUUUGGGUGUGACGGAGCUGCUACCCCCAGCUGAUGAUGGAGAGUUCGACGAACCAAAAAUGAAAAUGGACUAUGAAUGCAAGCCUAAAGAGACGGACUCAUGCUCAGAGGAAAUCUCCAAGAUAUCCUGCCUAAUCAGAAAGGACCUACACGAGGUCACAAGUAGAGAGCGAACACUCCUCCCUGCUCCUGGUUAUCCCGAGCGCAUACCUCGUCACUUUGUGACUCCUCCUACAUACGUAUAUGCCGCGUCCUCAUCGACAGUCAAUUCAUUUCAUACGGCGGAAGACCGACUCCUACAUGGACCCCGUACUUUGAAGGCGUUCCCUCGGCAAAUGAUGGCACGGACGUCAUCUAUUGGAAGUGUGGAAGAGAUGCGAAGUCAUGCGUUUGGCAGUCGGAGGCUGGGCCGACCUAGUCUUUCUGGUGCUUCGGUCAGACAUAGUUCUGCACCAAGUAUCGGGCGAAGCUCCCGGCCAACUUCUCGUCCUGGGACAAACGCCGGUUCUGUUUCCUCCAGCACUCUAGCUCCUCGGCGGCCGAUAGUAUACAUGGACGCCCCAAACGGCUGUUCGGACACCAUAUGGUCUGGUGUCAAUUUCAUCACCUAUCCAUCCACCUCGUCUACAGCUCGUCCACAAUCUAAGUCGAUAUCUAUCCUGAACAGUCAAGAAGAGGGAUUGGAUCUGUCGCUCGAACUUGCACCCGAAGUCGAGAUGGGCAUGGGCGAUCGACCAGGCUACACCAAGAUUCCUCUUUACGUUCCAAGAAGAAUCGAGCGUAAACAGACCUGUCCCAAACCAGACCAGAUGCGCCCUAUCUUGACACCAGUACCUGCAACACCAAGUGUAGGGAGAGAACAGGCGGACCAACCCGCAAUCCACACAGAACUCACGAGUUCCAACCCAGCUAUCUCUGAUAUCUCAUUCACGUCGCUGCAAGGCCAGACAUCCAUACACUCGCACACUGAGAGAGAGCAAAUGCUACAGGAGGUUGAAUGUCAAAGCAGUGUCCGGCCAAGCACAGGCAGUCGGGAGAGGUUGUCCAGGGCGCUGACAAAUGCCUGGGCGGAGAGGACUCUGCGCAAGAAGCAAAAAGGUUGCAAGCGAGAUGCUCUGUAG